UCAUGUUUGGGUUGUUUUGCAUUCUCACCGCACUUCUGCCCCUGUCUGGGAGCGCCAAGCCCUCACACCGCCAUGCCCUCAGGCCGCCGCAAGGUCCACACGACGACGCCCUCAUCCUGGCCGGUAUCGCGCCGUUCACCGCCCAGCUCCCAUACAACACCUUCGCCCUGCUGACGUCGGCAGACCUGAGGCCUGAGGAAGCAUCAUCGCAGAGCGGCACAGAGAUGGCGCGGCCUUCGCUGGUCUCUCGCUCUAUGGCGGCGUGUUCGCCGACAAGGCCGUGCAUCUGGCGUGUCCGUCGGAUCUGAGGAUCAGCGGUAAGCGAAUGGCCAGACAAAGUGAGAGAGAGCAGUCGCGAUGACCUUGCUUGAGCGUUGCUCGUCGUUUGCAGUGAGCCGAGCCAGCUACGGAAACGCCAAAGUCGAUUCAUCGCCAUACUUUGCCACUGGGUGAGUCAGGCAACACGCUGUGAGUCCAUCGUGUGACCAUCUUCCCUCACGUCUGCAUCAGGUCUUGUCACUUCCCAGCGUCCCUCACUCGCCUGCGUGAUCUGUGUGACGGCAAGACUUCGUGUGACAUCGAUGUGGCCACGACAUUCAAGGAGGACCCCUGCCCAUGGGCAGCCAAGACACUCGCCGUUGCAUAUGGUUGCCAGUGGGGCGUCAAGGGCGAGACCAGUCUUGCGGCAGACCACGAAGGCCGACACGUCCAAUACGGUGGGCAAAGGGCAACCGGAUUGACCAUUUUCUCUCUCUCUCGAUUGAUGUGUUGUGGCUUUCCUGGUUGGUUUGAUGCAGACAGGGCAGCGGAGAGGCUGCCUGAGAAUGACGGAGAGCCCCCAUUCAUGGUAAGGAGGGAGCGAUGGAGCCGCAUCCGCAAACACGAUGGACAGCAAACCUUGUCUCUCUUCUCUCGUCAGGUUCUUUCAUCCAGAUCAGCUGACUGUGCGCCAGAGGACGUCCUACCGCCCGCAAACAACGUACACGGAACCACACGACAAACAAGUGCACCAAGACACUGUCUCUUGCGUCUCUUUGCGUGAAUGCAUCAGGUCCGCACGGUUGACCAGGCGGCAGAGCACUGCCGCAUGACGCCAACGUGUGAGUUCUUUCUGCACGAGGGCGAGGCGUUCCAAUACUGUGCGGGGGAGGCAUGGACCAAAGCACGGCCCGCAACGUCGGCAGAGGUUCACGUCAAGCCACAAGCAGGUGAGCGAACGAGACACGCAUACGCAACCAUAGCUGGCAAAAAGGGGAUGACGCUGUUUUGUGUGGGGUUCUGGUGACAGUGUCGCCCGCUGGCUACCAGACGUACAUCAACAAGAAAGGCCGCUGCCCACCGACAGACGUCCUCGAUCAGACGGUGACCGACUACCCGUGAUGGUGUCUCAUGCUUUUGUGUCCCCUCGUGUGUCCAUGUGUGUGUAGUCGGUGGGUUCAGUUGCAGAGGCUGCCGUGAGGUGUGUACACGAUAAGGAGUGCAUCGCUUUCACUCUCGACUACACCGUCGGUGGGUGAUGUCACAACACAAGACUGUCGACGGAUGAGCAGACAAUUGGUUUCCAUGCUGUCCUCGCUGCAGCUAAGAAUGGAGGCUUCGAGUACGUGGCGUGCCGAAGCAGGCCCCGCCUCGCCGGCCAGUCUGGAGCCCUCACGGCUUUCCCCAAGAUAGAGACGGCAUGAGAUACGUACGUCUCAAUUUGGCGUUAAAAAUCAGUCGUCAUUGCAUCCUAUCCGCUCUCUGUCUGUCUGUCUGUCUGCGUGUUGUCUCGUCUGUCUGCUCUCAGCUCAUUACUCUCGCAUCUCACAGACACGCAGACACACACACACCACUGGCCCGACACACGGCAACAAGACACACACCGCAAGAACAGUGCGACAGCAGUCCUCUCGUCCUGAGCGAAAGACACUGACUGACACGCAGACAGACAGACAGACAGACGCCGUUAGAAUCAGAUGACUUAGAGAUGCGCAGCAGAGGUCAACACCCUUUCUCGUAUGCCCCGUGUGUGACUGUGUCUUGGCCGGCCGACUCUGUGUGCGUGUGUGAGACACGACUAACAUUAGAGGUACACAUACGCACACACAUAACUCUGAAA